AUGGAUUUCAACAGCUCGUCGCCGUUCCCCGAGGGCGUCAUAUCCUUCCUCGACACCGACCUCUACAAGCUGACGAUGCAAUGCGCCGUCUUCAAGUACUUCAAGGACGUCCCCGUCACCUACGCCUUCACGAACCGCACCCCCGAGAAGAAGUUGUCGAGGGCCGCCUUCCAGUGGCUGCAGGACCAGAUCCAGAAGCUCGGCAACAUUUCCCUCUCGGACGAAGAAUACCGCUUCCUCAAGGCGCACUGCGAUUACCUCAGCGAUGAGUAUGUGCACUUCCUCAAGGACUUCCGCCUGCGCCCUCGCGAGCAGGCCGUCGCAACCUUCCACCCCGUCGGCGACGAUACGGGCGCCGACUCGGACAUUGGCGACCUGCACGUCGAGAUCAAGGGUGCCUGGCUCGACACCAUCCUCUACGAGAUCCCGCUGCUCGCCCUGACCUCCGAGGCGUACUUCCGCUUCAUGGACACAGAUUGGAGCUACGAGGGCCAGGAGGAGCAGGCCUUCGCCAAGGGCAUGCGCCUGCUCGAGGCCGGUUGCACCUUUUCCGAGUUUGGCACCCGCCGCCGUCGCGACUACCAUACACAGGCCCUCGUCUUCCGCGGCCUCGUCAAGGCCAGCAAGGAGGCCGCCGCCAAGGGCUUCGCCGGCCGCCUAACCGGCACCAGCAACGUGCAUCUGGCCAUGCGCUUCGGCAUCCCGCCCGUCGGCACCGUUGCCCACGAGUGGUUCAUGGGCAUCGCCGCCAUCCACGACGACUACAAGGCCGCCACCGAGCUGGCGCUGCGCUACUGGGUCGGCUGCUUCGGCGGCAAGCUCGGAAUCGCGCUGACGGACACGUUCGGCACGCGCGAGUUCCUGCGCGCCUUCAGCCAGCCGGUGCACCCCAUGGACGGCGACGAGAGCCGGUUCAGGACCGCCGACGGCACCAGGCUGCUGACGUACGCCGAGCUGUUCCAGGGCGUACGCCAGGACUCGGGCGACCCGGCCGACUACGUUAAGAUGCUGCGCCAGUACUACGACAGCCAGGGCAUCCGCGACAAGACGAUAGUCUUUUCCGACUCGCUCAACAUCGAGCGGUGCCUCGAGUAUAAGGACAUCUCGGAGAAGGCGGGCUUCACGCCGACCUUUGGCGUGGGCACCUUUUUGACCAACGACUUUACGCACCUCAAGACGGGCACCAAGUCAGUGCCCCUCAACAUCGUCAUCAAGCUGAGCUCCGCCAACGGCCGGCCGGCGAUCAAGAUUAGCGAUAACAUUGGCAAGAACACAGGCGAUAAGGACACGGUGGACAAGGUCAAGAGCCAGCUCGGCUACGUCGAGAAGGAGUGGAAGGGCGGCGACGAGACGCAGCGCUGGGGCAAGGAGGAGGACAAGGCGUAG